UGCGGAGUUGGAACCUGAGAGGGAGGUCGCUACGCCGAGGCGCGCGAGUUGGGGAGGGGUCGGCGAGCCGACACCACUGUCCCGCCGUCAGGAGGAGUGAUACCCUGAGAGAAGAUGGGAAAGGGCUGCAAGGUUGUGGUUUGCGGAUUGUUAUCUGUGGGGAAAACUGCAAUUUUGGAGCAGCUUCUCUAUGGGAAUCACACCAUAGGGAUGGAAGAUUGUGAAACAAUGGAAGAUGUGUAUAUGGCUUCCGUGGAAACGGACCGGGGCGUGAAGGAGCAGUUACACCUUUAUGACACCAGAGGCCUACAGGAAGGCGUGGAGCUGCCAAAACAUUAUUUUUCCUUUGCUGAUGGCUUUGUUCUUGUAUACAGCGUGAAUAACUUGGAGUCCUUUCAAAGGGUGGAGCUUCUGAAGAAAGAAAUCGAUAAGUUCAAAGACAAAAAAGAGGUAGCGAUCGUCGUGUUAGGAAACAAGACUGACCUUUCGGAGCAGAGACAAGUGGACGCUGAGGUGGCGCAGCAGUGGGCCAGGAGUGAGAAGGUGAGGCUGUGGGAGGUGACCGCCACUGACCGCAGGACGCUCAUCGAGCCCUUCAUGCUGCUGGCCAGCAAGCUCUCCCAGCCCCAGAGCAAGUCGGGCUUCCCUCUGCCGGGGCGGAAAAACAAAGGCAACUCCAGCUCGGAGAACUAGGCCUCAGCAACCCCGCGAAGCGCUGGCUGGUCUGUAGGAGAUGAAGGUUUACAACAGGCCGUCUGUGUCUACCUUUGGUCCUUGGGAAACCCCUGAGGACGUAAUGUGCUGCACUUUAGGCUGUAACUAAAUUAUUUUGGCUACGUUUAUUACUAUUGCUUGAUAUGAAAUUUUCUCAUUCUAGCAUUAUAAAACCUGUCCCUGAAAUCAGCACCUGUUAUGUAUUCAAAACAGUAAAAUAAGGUUUGGACAGUA